AUCAGUUCUGCUUCAGUUCUAUAAUUUCUGCGCAGACCUGCAAAGUGUCUCUCAGGCUGUCGAGGGUUACUGCGAAGUGAGUUCAACUUUUUUCCAAAAUGUCUCAGGAACAGCUAGUUUCUCCUCCAAAUGACCAACCUGUCCUCAGUGGGAGAGGUUCAAGAGGGGGCUCCAACAAGAAGGCGCUGAAGGUGGCAGGACUGACGGUGUUGGUCGCUUUGCUGAUCGCAGGUCAGGCCUUCACUGCCUACUCUGUGUACAAGCAGAGCGAGAAGCUCAGCCUGCUGGAGAGACGCUCGGACCGUCUGCAGGAGAUGACCAUCAAGGCCAGGGCUAAUCGCACUCCAAUGAAGAUGGCUGUACCCAUGAGCUCCUUCCCUCUCCUGGUUUCUGAUUUCUCAGAUAAGAAGGUGGAGUCCACUCCCGCUCCUAAAGCACCUCUGACUAAGUGCCAGCAGGAGGCUGAAGGUUUGAUCCCAGUCUCUCUGCCAUCGUUCAAGCCCAAGUGUGAUGAGCACGGUGCCUAUGAGCCUGAGCAGUGCUGGCUGGAGUCUCACUGCUGGUGUGUGGACAAGAACGGAGCUGCAGUGCCUGACUCCAAGGUGGAGGGCCGUGCUAACUGCACUGCCACUAUGAUUUAGGUAAUACAGAAGAAAACAUCAGAAUCUGCCAGUAAGAACUGAGGGAUGAAUCCACAUCCACGUGAAGACCCUUUUCCAUUUGCUUUUUCUGCUUUUCAGAAAUUAAAGUAUAAUGAAUGUUUAAAUAAUAUGAGCAAACAUUAAGAGCAUUACGCAUUUGUGGGAUAGCUGGUUAAAAUAGCUUCAUAAAAGCUUCAUAAGCAUCAUAAUACAAUGGUAAGCAUAAUGCACUGUCUAGGUUAGUUUGGGCAUGUUCCGAGAAGCUAUUCUUACUUUUCAUAUCCUAUUUUAACAGAAUAUACUCACUAUCCUUUUCAUUAUUAAACUGUACUGUGUGAUAAGACAAUGAGUAAUGCAGGAAAUUAAUGAGAAUGUAAUGUAAUGAAUUUGGAAAACUAAAAUUGGUGAAAAUAAAUUUGUACUAACAAAA